AUGCUCAAAAUACUUGGCCAAGGCCCGCGUAAAGCAGACACAGAACUCGUUCAAGAGCGCAUCGUCCGACUUAAGGACAACGGUCUGUAUAGUGCGCUGCUUCAGAACCAACACGUGGAAGAUUUAAGCUGA